AUGAUGGGCACCACCGAGAAGGACACUCCCGUGACGACCGACUCCGAGACGCAGACGGUUCCUAAUGCUCUGGGGCCCACCCCCGCCGACUCGGGGGCUUCUUCCGUCGAGAAGGGCUCCGCCACCGCCGAUGCUCAGGACGGGUUCGGAUCUGCAGAGGCCGUCGAAUACCCGACCGGCUUGAAACUCAUCCUUAUUAUCGUCUCUCUCUGCCUCUGCGUGUUCCUCGUCGCCCUUGAUCAAACCAUCAUCGCACCUGCUCUGGGCGCCAUCACCAAUGAGUACAGUUCCGUCAAGGACAUCGGCUGGUACGGAGCCGCGUACCUCCUGACAACAACCGCCCUCCAGCCUAUGUAUGGCUCGCUCUACCGCAUGUUUAAUGUCAAGUGGAUAUAUCUCGCCGCCAUAUUCAUCUUUGAACUUGGCAGUCUCAUCUGCGCCGUCGCGCCCAGCAGCAAUGUCUUCAUCGUUGGCCGCGCGAUUGCCGGUGUCGGUACUGCCGGCCUGUUCUCUGGCGGUGUCGUGAUUUUGUCGCACACACUGCCCCUUCGCCGGCGUCCUGCUGCCUUUGGUCUCAUCGGUGCCAUGUGGGGGAUUGCUAGCGUUGCCGGCCCGUUGCUUGGUGGUGCCUUCACUGACAACGUUACGUGGCGGUGGUGCUUCUACAUCAACCUGCCCAUCGGCGGCGCUGCUAUGGUUGCUAUCUUCGCAUUCCUGCGUCUCCCCCAGGCGGCUCAUGACGCCAAGGGUCGCACAGUGAUGCAGCGGAUUUUGAGCCUCGACCUGCCGGGUACGAUGAUGCUUGUGCCGGCCAUUGUGUGCUUGUUGCUGGCUCUGCAGUGGGGCGGCACAGAACACCCCUGGAACAGUUCUGUCGUGAUCGGGCUGUUUGUUGGCUUCGGGCUGAUGGCUGCGGUGUUUAUUGGCAUUCAGAUCUGGAAGGGCGAUGAGGGUACGCUCCCUCCGCGGCUGUUCAAGAACAAGGAUGUUGUAUGCGCGAUGUUGUUUGCGUUCUUCUUUGGCGCCGGCUUCUUCCCGUUGGUGUACUACCUCUCCCUUUACUUCCAGGCUAUCAAGGGCGAUAGCGCCGUUGAGGCUGGUCUCAAGCUGCUGCCCAUGCUCAUCUCGGUCGUCAUCACUUCAGUCUCGACCGGCGGCCUGAUCACUCUUGUCGGCUACUACAACCCCUUCGUUCUUCCAUCGAUGGUUCUGUUCGCCGUCGGCUCCGGUAUGAUCACCACUUUCGAGAUCGAUAGCCCCUUUCGUGUCUGGUUCGGCUACCAGGUCCUGGCCGGUCUCGGCAUCGGUGUCGGUUUUCAGACCGGUGUGCUUGUCGUGCAGAACAACAUGUCGCUCGAGUGGAUUCCUGUCGCCACGGCCUGUGUCCAGCUGUUCCAGUCCCUCGGUGGCUCCAUCUUCAUCGCUGUCGCCCAGGCCGUCUUCCAGAACGCGCUUACUUCGGGCAUCGAGAAGAACGUGCCGGGCGUGCCGCCGCAGAUUUUCAUCAACUCGGGCGCCUCGCAGAUUCACUGGGUGCUUGAGCAGUUCCACGCCGAGAAGUACAUCACCGAGGUGCUCACCGCGUACCUUGAUGGCCUGCGCGACUCGUACUACAUCUCGGUUGCGUGCGCUUGCGCCGCCUUUGUCGCGGCAUGCGGGUUGAGCUGGAAGAAGAUCGAGAAGAGGAAGAACGCCGAGCCCAUUGCGGCUGUGUAA